AUGGCAGGGACCCCAAAGUCUGCCCUCCGCGUUGCUCUCCCUGGCCCCAAGACCCCUGACCUUGUCCGGGAUGACUUACAGGGCACGCUGCCUAGUCGCGCGCCCAAGCCGCGCGCGCACAACCCACGGGCCGCGGCACUUACUCGGAGGAGCUCGGAGGGGCCGGCGGUGCCCGCUAGCGAGGCCACGGCGCGGAGGUCCCCGGGUUCGGGCAGGUGUUCGGGCGCUGCGGGUGACGUCAGCGCGGUUCCCCCCGCCUCUGCGCCACGGAGGGGGGCGGCGAGGGGCUCAGAGCAGCCCUCGCGGGGCCCCGGCUUGGCUCUGUGCGCGCCCCGCAUCCGCCAACAGCCCCGCACGCACCAGACUGGACACCCACCCGGGAGACGGUGGAGGAGGGCUUCAGCGCCCCGCUGCCCAUCGGGGGGCACCCCCGGCCUUAGGCACGGAGCGGAGGGAAACUCUGGACCCCACCGGCGAGGGUCUCGGGUGAAGCGCGUGUGGGAGAAGCGCGUGGAGGACUCCCCACUGCCCCUGGUUCCCCGUCGCCCACUCGACCCUUGGACAAACCCAGCCAGCCCAGGGCCCGGCGUCCAGUCCAGCAGCGCCCUCUGCUGUCUGCCUGAAGGGCCCCGCCCUCUCUCAGAACGCGGCUUCCUAUUGGUCCGGCCCCUCAGAACGCGGCUUCUCAUUGGUUGCUCCGUGAGGCCCCGCCCACACUCGCCGCGCGGCGCCGCGUUUCCUGGCCGGGCGGUAAAGAGAAGACCUAAAGCGGGGCGCAACGCGGCUCAGCUCUGGGAGGCCCGACCCCCCGAAUCCCGGGCCGGGUGCGCGCGCGGCUCCUCUCCAAAGCCCGCGUCCAACCAACCCCAGACGCGGCAGGUGCUCCCCAAAGUGACGUUCCACCGUCAAAGCGGACGCCCGCCCAGGACGCACGGCGGAGAUGGUGAGGGCCUUGUGCGCGCUGGCACAAAGCACCUCCGCGUCUCCCCGCUGGAGCGCAAGUUGAGGUGGGCCAGUGCCCAGCGAGGGGCGCCCAGGAUCGGCCACCAUGAGGCAUCUGCUCUGGAAGAAGCUCCGGGCUGCAGCAGCAGCAGCAGCAGCAGCAGCAAUCACUGUCAUCCUCGGGCCUGCAGUUCCACCUCUGGCUCCACCGCACACGGGUCCUUGGUAGAUGAAGAGUCACAGCAGCGACGUUACAACCCUCUGCGUAUUCAGAUGCUCUCCCGGGGCCUACACGAGCAGAUCUUCGGGCGCACCACGCAGACCCCCGAAGAUGAAGCCAUGGUGCGCCGCAGCGUGGAGCACCUGCAGCGCCACGGGCUCUGGGGACAGCCGGAGACACCGCUGCCCGACGUUCAGCUGCGCCUGCCUCCCCUCUACGGGGACAGCCUGGACCAGCACUUUCGCCGCCUGGCGCAGAAGCAGAGCCUGCCCUACCUGGACGCGGCCCACGGGCUCCUGCAGGCGCGGCUGCCAGCACGGCCCAGCAGCUGGGCCUGGGCGCCCGGCUGGACAAGAUACGGCCCCACGGGGAAAGCCGAACCUGUGGCCACCCCCGAGGAGCGGGCCCUGGUGUUCGACGUGGAGGUCUGCAUGGCCGAGGGGACCUGCCCCACCUUGGCGGUGGCCCUAUCCCCCUCCGCCUGGUAUUCCUGGUGCAGCCAGCGGCUGGUGGAAGAGCGCUUCUCCUGGGCCAACCGGCUGUCGCUGGCUGACCUUAUACCCCUGGGACGCACAGCCCCUCGGGACAGCACAGAGCAGCUGGUGGUGGGACACAACGUCUGCUUCGACCGCGCUCACAUCCGGGAGCAAUAUCUGAUCCAGGGUUCCCACACACGCUUCCUGGACACCAUGAGCUUGCACAUGGCCAUCUCGGGACUCAGCAGCUUCCAGCGCAGCCUCUGGAUGGCCGCCAAGCAGGGCAGGCCCCGGGCCCAGCCGUCCACAGCACCAUGGGGCCGCAAAUCCUCGAGCAAAAGCAAUGGCCCAGCGAUCUCUUCCUGGGACUGGCUGGAUGUGAGCAGUGUCAACAACCUGGCUGAUGUGCACCAGCUGUACGUAGGGGGCGCCCCGCUGGAAAAGGAACCUCGGGAACUGUUCGUCAAGGGUAGCAUGAAGGACAUUCGUGGCAACUUCCAGGAGCUGAUGGAAUAUUGUGCCCAGGAUGUGUGGGCCACCUACGAGGUCUUCCAGCAGCAGCUCCCGCUCUUCCUGGAGAGGUGCCCCCAUCCCGUGACUCUGGCAGGGAUGCUGGAGAUGGGGGUGUCCUACCUGCCUGUGAACCACAACUGGGAGCGCUACCUGGAGGAGGCCCAGAGCACCUACGAGGAGCUACAGAGAGAGCUGAAAAAGACGCUUAUGGGCCUGGCUGACGCCGCCUGCCAGCUCGGCACCGGGGAGCGGUACAAGGGAGACCCUUGGCUCUGGGACCUGGACUGGAGCGUGCAGGAAUUUAAGCAGAAGGCGAAGACAGUGAAGCGGAAGAAGGAGCCAGCUGAGAGCAACCAGUCGCCUCCCAGGGAGCUCCUGGACCAGGAAGACCCGGGGCCUCCCAGUGAGGAGGAGGAGUUGGAGCGAGCAGCCGCAGCCCGCGCCCGCCUGGACCAGCUGCGGGGAACCACAGAGCUGCUGCCCAAGAGAACCCAGCAUCUGCCUGGCCACCCUGGGUGGUACCGGAAGCUCUGCCCUCGGCUGAAUGACCCUGCGUGGGUUCCUGGCCCCAGCCUCAUCAGCCUGCAGAUGCGGGUCACGCCCAAGCUCAUGGCACUCACCUGGGACGGUUUCCCGCUGCACUACUCGGAGCGCCACGGCUGGGGCUACCUGGUGCCCGGGCGGCGUGACAACCUUCCUCCGGGCCCGGCCCCCUACCCCUACAGAGCCAUUGCUGCCUUGUCCCGGAAGCACCACCGGGUGCAGGGUCAGCAGCCAUGGCCAGAGGCGAGCCUGGCUGAGGAUUUCAUGCUGGCUGAGGGCAGCGCUCUAUGGCCCACGGUUGAGGAGCUGGGCUGCCGUGAGGUGCAGGCCGAAGCCCGCAUGGAGCAGUGGGAAGAAGACGCAGGUCCGGGUGGCCCCUCGGCUCCAGUGAGUGCCUGACCUAGGCAUGUGGCCCCACAGUGCCCGGUGCCUGGCGCUCACCACGGCAAUGGCCCCUACGACGACGUGGAGAUGCCUGGCUGCUGGUUCUUCAAGCUGCCUCAUAAGGAUGGGAGCAGCUGUAACGUGGGCAGCCCCUUCGCCAAAGACUUCCUGCCCAAGAUGGAGGACGGCACCCUGCAGGCCGGCCCAGGUGGCGCCAAUGGGCCCCGUGCCUUGGAGAUCAACAAGAUGGUGUCGUUCUGGAGAAAUGCGCACAAGCGGAUCAGUUCCCAGAUGGUGGUCUGGCUGCCCAAGUCUGCGUUGCCGCGUGCUGUGACCAGGCACCCCAACUACGACGAGGAAGGUCAUUACGGGGCCAUCCUGCCACAGGUGGUCACCGCGGGGACCAUCACUCGCCGUGCAGUGGAGCCCACUUGGCUCACGGCCAGUAAUGCCCGGGCUGACCGAGUAGGCAGUGAGCUGAAGGCCAUGGUGCAGGCCCCGCCCGGGUACGUGCUGGUGGGUGCCGAUGUGGAUUCCCAGGAGCUGUGGAUCGCAGCUGUGCUGGGUGAUGCCCACUUCGCGGGCAUGCACGGCUGCACGGCCUUUGGGUGGAUGACACUGCAGGGCCGCAAGAGCCGGGGCACUGACCUCCACAGCAAGACAGCGGCGACGGUGGGCAUCAGCCGGGAGCAUGCCAAAGUCUUCAACUAUGGCCGCAUCUAUGGCGCAGGCCAGCCCUUCGCCGAGCGCCUACUCAUGCAGUUCAACCACCGGUUGUCCGCUGAAGAGGCAGCCGCCAAGGCCAAGCAGAUGUAUGCGGCCACCAAGGGGCUUCGCAGGUACCGGCUGUCGGAUGAGGGCGAGUGGCUGGUGCAAGAGCUGGACUUGCACGUGGACAGGAGUGAGGACGGCUGGGUAGCUCUUCCGGAGCUGCGUGCCAUCCAGAGGGAGGCGGCCCGCAGGUCUCGCAGGAAGAAGUGGGAUGUGGUGGCCGAGCGGGCGUGGACGGGCGGCACUGAGUCGGAGAUGUUCAACAAGCUGGAGAGCAUAGCCACAUCGGAGCAGCCCUGCACACCGGUGCUGGGCUGCCGCAUCAGCCGGGCCCUUGAGCCGGCGGUGGCGCAGGGGGAGUUCAUGACCAGCCGCGUGAACUGGGUGGUGCAGAGCUCGGCCGUGGACUACUUGCAUCUGCUGCUGGUGGCCAUGAGGUGGCUGCUGGAGGAGUUCGCCAUUGACGGCCGCUUCUGCAUCAGCAUCCAUGACGAGGUGCGCUACCUGGUGCGCGAGCAGGACCGGUACCGGGCCGCGCUGGCGCUGCAGAUCAGCAACCUGCUCACCAGGUGCAUGUUCGCCCACAAGCUGGGGCUGGACGACCUGCCACAGUCUGUGGCUUUCUUCAGCGCCGUGGACAUCGACUGCUGCCUCAGGAAGGAAGUGACCAUGGACUGUAAAACCCCAUCCAACCCCACGGGGCUGGAGCGGCGAUACGGAGUCCCGCAGGGGGAGGCCCUGGACAUCUACCAAAUCCUUGACCUCACUGGAGGCUCCCUGGAGCCGCAGCCCAAGCCAGAGAAGUAG